UCCAGCAUCACGUGACAGGGGGCUAGAACAGUCAACGGAGAUGAAAAGUUGGGAACGCUAAGUGACUCACACUAAAUACGAAGAAGCUAUUCUCCUUCUGAAAAAUGUGAUUUCCCCCCCCCCCCAUUUGUUUUUCAUAUUGUAUAAAUAACUUUUUUUGAUUGAGAAUGUAACUGAAGUACACAAGUCAGGUGAGUUUGUUAUGUUUCUGAUAGCAAGAAGAAAUGCUACUGGCUAGCGCUCGACUCAAGCUAACGGUAGCUAACGGUAGUUGGGAUGCCAGCACGGCAGUGUUACAGAGAAGACUCUCUGCUUUAUCGAUUAGUGCUAACUAGGCGGAUAUUUUUCGGGUGUAACGUUAGAGCUAGAAAUAGACGGUCCCGGUUGAUUGUAUAGUAGGUGAGGUGACCUAAAAUCAAUAACAGCACAUUUACAUUUGUAGCUAACAGUUGUAAGAACAUUGUAACAAAUGUUUACCACUGUCAUUUAACUAGGUAGCUAAGUUAGAUAUUUAACUUAAUGUUACUAAUACUUGCUAAAUUCUCUUCAACAUCUCUUAAUCUAUUUACACACAUAACAAACAUGAGAUAUGACAGAAAUAAGUUAAAUAACAUUGCCAGAAAAGUAGCUAGUCAAACAAACAAACGACACAACAUCUAGUGUUUUCGAGCCAACCCGGGACUUAGGAUCGGUCAGGACCACCCACAUGGGGGCUAACACCACCCUAGUGGCCUGUAGCAUACUCUAGGUAGAGUGUCACCGGUGACAAAGGACAGACGGGCACCAGAACCUCUGGGAUGAUACGGAAGAGCAGCAGUGGUACUGGAGGAGGAGGAGGAGGAGAAGAAGGGAAUAAUACAAAACACCAACCGAACAAACAGCUUCGCUCCAGCUUCACCACCCAGGGCCCGUGUCGUCUCUCCAACAUGGGCCGGAGCUACAGGACCACCAACCCUCUGGGGAGUAUGGAGCUUGGGUCCAACAGUUUGGGUCUGGGGUCCACCGUGGUAGGAGCGCCUGGGGUAGAUCCGGACUAUGUGCUGCAGUUGGUGAAUGACGUACGGAGGUUUUCCGAUAUGCUGCUCAGCCUUAAAGAAGCCUUCCAUUCUGAAGAAAGCCACGAGGGACUCCCUCAGCGAGUACAGGAGCGGUUGGUCUCCUCUCUUCCAGAAAGCCACGAGGGACUCCCUCAGCAGGUACAGGAGCGGUUGGUCUCCUCUCUUCCAGAAAGCCAGGAGGGACUCCCUCAGCGAGUACAGGAGCGGUUGAGGGAGCUCCUCCGUGUUCUCAAGUCUGUCAUCGGCAAACACCAGACCCUCAACUCUGUAGACAUCCUCAGGGCUGCCGGCACCGUCAUCGCUAAGGUCAAAGGCGUUAACUUCAAGGAAGUGAACCAAGAAAACAAUACGGCUAUAUUUGGCGAGAUAUACACGUCCAUUGACAGUUUGGCAUUCACAUUUGGCAAUGUAGUGUCUGACUUCCUUAUGGGAGAUGUGGACAGCCAAUCAGGGUUGGGGAUCCCCCAGACCACGAGAAGCAGGUCUUUUGAGAACCUCUCUGUGGAUUCUGAGGGGUAUGUUCCAGAGAAGAAAGGCCUUGUGGGCCCAGAGGUGGCGCUGUCUAAAGAGGAGGAGGUCGACGUGAUCCUGCAGAAGAACGACAGCGGGGUGGAGUCAGUUCUGCUCUAUGCCAAGGCCUGGUCCAAGUACACCAAGGAUCUGCUGGCCUGGGUCGACAAGCGGCUGGGACUGGACGUUGAAUGUGCCAAAAGUUAUGUCAAAAUGGCCGAAUCUGCAAAGACGCUCGCGAGUCAACAGGACUACAUGCCGUUCAGAAAUAUCUAUAUUUCUACGUUUAAGAAUGACGUUGAGUACAGCCAACUCCUCCUGCAGACUGCCACUGCCCUGCAGACCAACAAAUUCAUACAGCCGCUGUUGUCCAGAAAGACUGAGCUGGACAAACUGAGGAAAGACAUCAAGGAGCAGUGGCAGAGAGAACAGAAGAAAAUGCAAGAGUCCGAGGUGGCUCUGCGUAAGGCCCGGUGGACCCAGGCCCAGAAGAGAGACGAGUACUACAAGGCCCAAUCCUCAGCCAGCCGCUCCCAGGAGGAACAGUCCAAACAGCUGGACAAGAAGAGGAGAAUGGAAGAGGAGGCUCUACAGAAGGCUGAGGAUGCCAGAGACCAGUACAGAGCGUGUGUAACUGAUGCAGGAGCCAGGAGGGCAGAGCUGGCCAGCACCAAGACAGACAUCCUCACUCAGAUCAGAGAACUGGUGACUCAGUGUGACCUCACACUCAAAGCGGUGACAGUCAACUGGCUCCAGCUGCAGCAGGCCCAGACCGUGUCUCUCCCCGUCCACUACCAGGCCCUGUGUGAGAACGCUAAGAUGUACGAGCCUGGACAGAGAUACGCCGAGUUUGUCCGUAAUCUGUCCAAAGAUCAGAUACACAUGGAGUCCUCCUCCAUUGAUGAACGGUUUCCUGUGUUCAACAAGCGUUCAACGGGCAGCACCAGUUCCCAUAGUAACCUGUCCCAGGUGUCCGUCAUCUCCGGUGACGUCCUGAGUGGGGACGAGGUGGAUAGUCCUCUGGGGUCACGACCUGGGAAAAGGUCCAACAGCGCCACGGACAUACAAGGUCUGAGAGGGGGACCGGGCCCAUUGAGAGCCUGGGCAUCAGGUAUCCAGGACAGGGGGAUGUGUAGUGACUCAGAGAGUGCUGGAGGCAGCAGUGAGUCCCAGUCCAUGGACUCCCCCACAGCGAGCCCAGGUGACUUUAAACGCAGACUACCCAGAACCCCCUCCACUGGCACUAUGUCCUCGGCAGACGACCUCGAUGAGAGACAACCACCUUCACCCUCAGACAAUGGUCUGGGUGAGAUGGUGACAGAGACGGCCAGUUCCCCAGGUCCGUUUCGUAACGCCCAGAUGUCCAAGGCUUCUCAGACACACAAGCUGAGGAAACUCAGAGCUCCGUCUAAAUGCAGGGAGUGUGACAGUCUGGUGGUGUUCCACGGAGCAGAAUGUGAAGAGUGCUCCCUGGCGUGUCAUAAGAAGUGUCUGGAAACUCUGGCCAUCCAGUGUGGUCAUAAGAAGCUGCAGGGAAGACUACAUCUGUUUGGGAUAGACUUUACCCAGGCAGCUAAGAACAGCCCAGACGGGAUCCCCUUCAUCAUCAGGAAGUGUACCUCUGAGAUCGAGAUCAGAGCACUCAACCUCAAGGGAAUCUACCGUGUGAACGGGGCUAAGUCUCGUGUGGAGAAGCUGUGUCAGGCGUUUGAGAACGGCAAAGACCUGGUAGAACUCUCCGACCUCUCACCCCACGACAUCGCCAACGUCCUCAAACUCUACCUGAGACAGUUACCAGAGCCGCUGAUCCUGUACCGUUACUAUAAUGACUUCAUCGGAUUGGCCAAGGAGAGCCAGAGGGUGAUCAUAGAGGAGAAGGCUGCAGCCAGGGCCCUCCAGGACCAGGGACGGCCAGGAGGAGAACAACCCCGACCAGGAGACACCCAGCCUGGGGUAGAAGGAGAGCAGCCUCCCCUGACAACCAGCCAACCUGGAGGAGGAGAGCUGCCCAAACAGCCCAGUAUCAAACUCAACAGAGUCAUCUUUAAGAUUAGAGACCUGUUACGACAGCUUCCUCCUGCACACUACAGGACACUACGCUUCCUCACUGCACACCUACAUAGGGUGACGGAGCAGGCAGAGGAGAACAAGAUGACAGCCAGUAAUCUGGGCAUUAUCUUUGGCCCUACGCUGGUAAAACCCCGACAGACUGACGCAGAGGUCUCCCUGUCUUCUCUGGUCGACUACCCCUACCAGGCUCUGAUGGUGGAGCUGCUGGUACGUCACUUCCAGGUGAUCUUUGACUUAUCCAGCCCCCCCUCCUCCUACCCCCCCACCACCACCACCACCACGGUGGGCCAGACCUCCUCCUCCUCCUCCUACCCCCCCACCACCACCGCCACGGUGGGUCAGACCUCCUCCUCCUCCUACCCCCCCACCACCAACUCCACGGUGGGCCAGACCUCCUCCUCCUACCCUCCCACCACCACCUCCACGGUGGGCCAGACCUCCUCCUCCUACCCCCCCACCACCAACUCCACGGUGGGCCAGACCUCCUCCUCCUACCCCCCCACCACCACCGCCACGGUGGGCCAGACCUCCUCCUCCUACCCCCCCACCACCACCGCCACGGUGGGCCAGACCUCCCCCCGACUCACCCCUCAGGAGAAGGAGCAGAGACUCAGCCUCCAAUCCACCUCCCUGCUCGACAUCAAGGAGCAGAAUGCCAAAGUCUACAAGAGGCACUCGUCAGUCAUCCAGUCCUCUCAAACCCUGGAUGACGUGAGAGAGGUGAAGACAGACAGGAGAGAGUUAACAGCCGGCUCCUCCUCCUCUGCUGCUGGCUCUGCUUCGGUCCAGAGAUCUACCCUGGUGUUUGGCCGUCCCAGCCUCAACCUCUCCUCCUUUACCUCCUCCUCUACGGCCCCGAAGGUCCAGCUCCGGCCCCAGCGCGCUAGAAUCCUGUCUCGACCAAUCAGCAUGCCCCUGGAGCGCUUGCCCCUCCCCACCCCCUCACAGGUGGUCGACAGAAACAGCCGUAACAACCACGCUGCCGCCAUGUUGGAUUCCGCCGAUAACACCAUCGUGGAGUCAGCCGAGCCGGAGAAGCAGAAGGAGACGGAGAAGCCUCGGAUUGGUGAGGGGUCGAGGGUCAGUACCUAUUACAUCGACACCCAGCAGGCCGUGCAGCGGAGGCCCUGGGACAGGAAGUACAAACACUACGACGUCACGCCACGCACCGCCAUGAUCAUGGCUAACUUACCGCCGGCCGGUACUAGCCCUGGCCCAAAACCGGGGAAACAGCCGACGAUGCCGACACAACUGUCCGUAUCUGGGCCAACCAGCUCUGCUCUCCCAUCCAGUAGUAGUUUCAGCACUAUAUUCCCUGACUACCCAUACACAGUGUCGUUGAAGGCUGGCCAGAUGUCCAGAAGAGACAGAGAGGAGACUAAGGAUAGGCCUAACGCUGCUGCUGAAGGGGGUGGGGAGACAAGAACAUCUACCAACUCCCCCAUAAAGUUCAGACAACCAAGGAUUCUGCAGCCUCCACCCGGAACCUUCUACAAGCCUUCUGGUUAUUCAGGCACCAGAGGCUGGCCGUCAUUAAGUACCUCUGGGACCACUAGCCUCACCAAAAUGUCCCCAACUUCUUCUACUGUUAAAACCUCUUCUCCUACUGUUAAAACUUCUUCCCCAACUUCGUCUACUGUUAAAACAUUUUCUCCUACUGUUAAAACCUCUUCCCCGACUUCUUCUACUGUUAAAACCUCUUCCCCGACUUCUUCUACUGUUAAAACCUCUUCCCCCACUUCUCCUACUGUUAAAACCUCUUCUCCUACUGUUAAAACCUCUUCCCCGACUUAUUCUACUGUUAAAACCUCUUCCCCUACUUCUCCUACUGUUAAAACUUCUUCUUCUACUGUUAAAACCUCUUCCCCGACUUCUUCUACUGUUAAAACCUCUUCCCCAACUUCUUCUACUGUUAGAACCUCUUCCCCGACUUCUUCUACUGUUAAAACCUCUUCCCCGACUUCUCCUACUGUUAAAACUUCUUCCCCGACUUCUCCUACUGUUAAAACCUCUUCCCCGACUUCUUCUACUGUUAAAACCUCUUCCCCGACUUCUUCUACUGUUAAAACCUCUUCCCUGACUUCUUCUACUGUUAAAACCUCUUCCCCAACUCCUCCUACUGUUAAAACCUUCCCAACCUCCCCUACUGUUACUGCUCCUCUCCUCCUCUCUUCCUCCCAUUCCUCCAGCAUUACUUUCUCCUCUUCUCCUAUGGUUACCACCACCAGCCCAUCCCCUAUUACCACCUACACUCUUCAAACCUCAAACCUCCCCACACACACCCUACAGGACUCUGUGGACAGCUCUGUUAGUGUUGACCCUGAAGUCACGACCUCCGCUGACCUUUCCCCCCGCCAGUCCCCUCCCCCCAGCAGCCCAGAGGACCCCAGCCUCGCCAGCGAGGUCCUCCCGCUGCAACAAAGACUGAGACCCAGACCCGGCGCUCGCCUGCAGGAGUUAGAACACAGAGAGGCCCACUUUGUCUGAAACCUUAAAAGUAGACUUCGGUAGUCUUGAUAUCAUCACACACACAGACAGGGCCACUUCCUGCUUACAAAAAACAACAACAUUGGCCAAGACUACUGGUGUCCCGUGUGGCUCAGUUGGUAGAGCAUGGCGCUUGCAACGCCAGGGUUGUGGGUUCAAUUCCCACGGGGGGACCAGGGUUCAAUUCCCACGGGGGGACCAGGAUGAAUAUGUAUGAACUUUCCAAUUUGUAAGUCGCUCUGGAUAAGAGCGUCUGCUAAAUGACUUAAAUGUAAAUGUAAAUGUGUCUUUAAGAAUAGGGAGGGCAUCACUUGGGAACAACCAUCGGUGGAAGUAUUGGGAGAAUGUUGAUGUUGAUGUCUGUAAGCAGGAAGGAACAUCAACAACAACACUGCUAUGAGGAUUUCUUCCUUAUGUGGGCGUAGCUCAAGGGAUAGAGCCAAUUGCUAUGAGGAUUUCUUCCUUAUGUGGGCGUAGCUCAAGGGAUAGAGCCAAUUGCUAUGAGGAUUUCUUCCUUAUGUGGGCGUAGCUCAAGGGAUAGAGCCAAUUGCUAUGAGGAUUUCUUCCUUAUGUGGGCGUAGCUCAAGGGAUAGAGCCAACUGCUAUGAGGAUUUCUUCCUUAUGUGGGCGUAGCUCAAGGGAUAUAGCCAAUUGCUAUGAGGAUUUCUUCCUUAUGUGGGCGUAGCUCAAGGGAUAUAGCCAACUGCUAUGAGGAUUUCUUCCUUAUGUGGGCGUAGCUCAAGGGAUAGAGCCAAUUGCUAUGAGGAUUUCUUCCUUAUGUGGGCGUAGCUCAAGGGACAGAGCCAAUUGCUAUGAGGAUUUCUUCCUUAUGUGGGCGUAGCUCAAGGGACAGAGCCAAUUGCUAUGAGGAUUUCUUCCUUAUGUGGGCGUAGCUCAAGGGAUAGAGCCAAUUGCUAUGAGGAUUUCUUCCUUAUGUGGGCGUAGCUCAAGGGAUAGAGCCAAUUGCUAUGAGGAUUUCUUCCUUAUGUGGGCGUAGCUCAAGGGAUAGAGCCAAUUGCUAUGAGGAUUUCUUCCUUAUGUGGGCGUAGCUCAAGGGAUAUAGCCAAUUGCUAUGAGGAUUUCUUCCUUAUGUGGGCGUAGCUCAAGGGAUAUAGCCAACUGCUAUGAGGAUUUCUUCCUUAUGUGGGCGUAGCUCAAGGGAUAUAGCCAAUUGCUAUGAGGAUUUCUUCCUUAUGUGGGCGUAGCUCAAGGGAUAGAGCCAAUUGCUAUGAGGAUUUCUUCCUUAUGUGGGCGUAGCUCAAGGGACAGAGCCAAUUGCUAUGAGGAUUUCUUCCUUAUGUGGGCGUAGCUCAAGGGAUAGAGCCAAUUGCUAUGAGGAUUUCUUCCUUAUGUGGGCGUAGCUCAAGGGACAGAGCCAAUUGCGAAGAACCAAUCGUGGAACUGUUGUGAUAUUUUUUGGAGAAUGUUGCUCUUGAUGUCUGUAAGCAGGAAGUUGUCCCCACUGUGUAUGAUGAUGUCAUAUUGCUGUCUACCUUUGAAGCCAGAAAUCUUUUGUGUGUGUGUGUGUACAGUGUGUACAGUGUGUGUCUGUGUGUGUGUACAGUCUGUGUCUGUGUGUGUGUCUUUAAAUACGUUCUACAGUGUAUCUCUGUACCAUAUUGUAUAUUGGGAAAAAGUACUAUUAUAUUGACGCCAAGACAAGAUGUGUGAAAGGAACACAGUGAAAGUGUUACAUUACACGUGUUUAAUAUAUUCGAUGUUACAGUCCUUACAAACAGAAGCAUGAUCUGUGAACGGUCGCUCUCUAGACAUUCGGAACAAGCCUUUAGACUGGCAUUCAAUCUAUUGCAGAUACGGAAUUUCCAGAUAGCAAAUUGACAAAUUUUUAUAUCAAAAGUUAAUUGUCAUGUGUAACUGUCCAUUUCUGUGUGUAAGUGUCAGCUCCCUCCAUUUAUUUGCUGCUAUGCAAAUAAAAUGCACUUCUCAAACCGCUCUCUAGAAACCCACUAUCUGCAAUUAAUUGAAUCCUGUGUAAGUUAGUGUGUGAUGUCCUGAUCAACACUGCCCGUUACAUCUGAUGUCCUGGUCAACACUGCCCGUUACAUCUGAUGUCCUGGUCAACACUCCCCGUUACAUCUGAUGUCCUGGUCAACACUCCCGUUACAUCUCAUGUCCUGGUCAAUACUGCCUGUUUUUGUUACAAAGAUUCUACCUGCCAUUACUGUCAGGUCAUCAAUAGAUUAUAUCUGCCAUUACUGCCAUGUCAUCAAUAGAUUCUAUCUGCCAUUACUGCCAGGUCAUCAAUAGAUUCUAUCUGCCAUUACUGCCAGGUCAUCAAUAGAUUCUACCUGCCAUUACUGCCAUGUCAUCAAUAGAUUCUACCUGCAAUUACUGCCAUGUCAUCAAUAGAUUCUACCUGCCAUUACUGCCAUGUCAUCAAUAGAUUCUACCUGCCAUUACUGCCAGGUCAUCAAUAGAUUCUAUCUGCCAUUACUGCCAUGCCAUCAAUAGAUUCUAUCUGCCAUUACUGCCAGGUCAUCAAUAGAUUCUACCUGCCAUUACUGCCAUGUCAUCAAUAGAUUCUACCUGCCAUGUCAUCAAUAUAUUCUACCUGCCAUUACUGCCAUGUCAUCAAUAUAUUCUACCUGCAAUUACUGCCAGGUCAUCAAUAGAUUCUAUCUGCUAUUACUGCCAUGUCAUCAAUAGAUUCUACCUGCCAUUACUGCCAUGUCAUCAAUAGAUUCUACCUGCCAUUACUGCCAUGUCAUCAAUAGAUUCUACCUGCCAUUACUGCCACGUCAUCAAUAGAUUCUAUCUGCCAUUACUGCCAGGUCAUCAAUAGAUUCUACCUGCCAUUACUGCCAUGUCUUCAAUAGAUUCUACCUGCCAUUACUGCCAUGUCAUCAAUAGAUUCUACCUGCCAUUACUGCCAGGUCAUCACAAACUGGAACAAACUGGGAGUUCCAAAAUUGAACUGGAAUGAAGUUACUCUUCUCAAAUAUGUCAUCGCAUCAAGUCCUUGUCGUAAUGUUACAGAGAAGCAUUUUAUUUGUUUUGUUGGGAGUUAAAUACAUGUAUUAUAUGUUAGUUUUUACUUAUACAUUUAUACAGUACAUGAAAUGUUCUCAUUUGUUCCUGUAUUGUAAUGUGAUUUGAUUCUAGCCACGUUAAGCACUUACUUAAUUCAGGUCCAAUGUUUUUACAUGUUUUCCAAACGUUUAAAAAUGUAUGUCAUCGCAAUACUUUCCACAGAGAAGGGAUGGAAGCAUUUUAUUAUAAAGUGAGAAAAAAAAGUUUCAACAUUUAAAAAAAUAUAUAUAAUUCCCCCAUAGUCCUAUUCGGAUUAUCAUUAUCUAAAUCUUAUGUAUCUAUUUCCAGUUUAUAUAUGUGACAUUGAAACUGCAAGUUUUUGUUUCAGUAAAGACAAAAGACAAAAUGCAAAACAUGUCUUGCAUCUAAUUAAAGUAUAGUUGACAGUU